GUCACGCAUCGCACUGCAUCACACAGCAUUCCAAGUGAAGCUGCUGAUUGUUUGAAACAAAGAAAGGUUCCAAACGAUCUUCUGUGUUAUCAACUGUCUUUUCUCCCAAGAAGUAACUACUUACUGGCUUGAAAAUGUCUAAAGGAUCGCGUUUUACUCCUAAUGUGGAACUUUCCAAUGUGUGUGAGUCAAUGUGGAAGGCAGAUAAAAACCGGCUGACCCCAGAGGUUCAAUAUCAGAUAGAUCCACAGGGGAAAACAAGAUAUCAUUCAACCAAUGACAGUGCAAGAGAUCCACUGUUUGCUUAUGUCGACUCUGAUGUACUGAAAAAGGGCACCUAUGGAGCAUUUAUUAAGCUGCUUGAUAACUAUACCUCAGACACUGGUAAAAGAGAAGUUGUUACCCAGGAGGAGAUCAAUGAGAACCGUAUCUUUAUAGAUAUGAUCUAUGAGACAGGACCUAUUCAAAUAGCUCAUAAAUUUCUGGCAUCAAAAGGCUUGGUUCCAGCUGAUCGACCUGGAUUCAAGAAAAAAUUGUACUCUUUGUGGUUUGAUUUAUAUUGCAGAACUAGAGGAAUCAGAGAUUCUUCAGGGUUUGAACAUGUGUUUGUUGGGGAGACACGAGAUAAAACUGCUGUUCUUGGCUUUCAUAACUGGAUUCAGUUUUAUCUCCAAGAAAAACAAGGAUUGGUUGACUACAAAGGAUUCUUCCCAAACAGAAAAAAACGUUAUGUUAGUGGAGAUGAGAUGAGAGAGUGUCAGUUAAUGACUAUCAAAUUCACAUGGAAGGAUGGAUGCAAGCCAAUGGGGAGUUCAUUCAUUGGAACGAGUCCUGAGUUUGAGAUGGCAAUGUAUACAGUAUGUUUCCUGGCUGGUGGUGGAGGUGAUGUACACUUAGAUAUGGAAGAGUAUGAUGUAAUUGUUAAGAUACAUUGUUAUGGUUACAAUAAUGAGUACAUUGGCAGUUGUUAUCCUCAGGCAGUUUAAUAGGUAUUCUUAAUAUUCUUUAGGCCUAGUUCACACAAUGCCAUAAGCAUUUACAAGCAUAAUUCAUGAAUAAAGAAGUCAAUCCUGUGAAAUAAGACAUCAGCAUGUAAUUAUUUUUUUCCACUUCUUCUUACUUACAGUAUAUUAUUUGUGUGAGCUAUCCCUUAGGGUUGGUUCACAAUAGUGGAUGAACCUGGGUAGACAUUUAAGCAGAAACAUAAGAAAUACAAAUCUUUUCCAUUUUCAUAUGUUUCCAUGCUACUGCCUGUGUUGAAAACUACAGGUGUGAACCAUCACAAUAUAAGGAGUUGCUCAUGCUUAUGUCAAAUGUGAACCAGCUUUUGCUUCUGUUUAUGCUUAUGUCAUUGUGUGAGCUGGCCCUUACAUGUGAUCGCAUGCAAUGGUAACAGUCAUGGUAAACAAUUUCAACACAAGGUUGAGUGGUCUACAAGUUGGUAGUCCUUGCGGUUGUGAUUGGCAGAAUGGACUAUCAACUUAUAGUCCAUUUGUAGUCUAUAGACAGGCAAGUCUAAUUGUUCACCAAACUAUUGGACGAAUUUGACAAAAGAGCAGUAAAAUAAUUGUAAUUUUUUUCAAGUGAUCGUGAAUAGGCUGUAGUUGAGUAGCCAUGGAGAAUGAUUAAUUUGUAUAAUCCAUAGUUUGGUCGAUGCUAAUAUUAUACUAUAAUAUUGUAAAGUACAAAAGCCAUUUCGUACAAUAAUUUUUCACAAUAGAAUUUCUCACAAAAAUCUUUAGGAUUUAUUCCAAUUAAACCCAAAAUAUCCAAUAAAUCACUUUUUUUAUCUUA